AAAACAUACAGUUUGAUGGUUGUUUGUCACUAAAUUGUCAAUCCCAGUUUGUCCUCACGCUCAUCUUCGAAAUUUCCAGUGAAAAUGCCUACAGAACCGAUCAUCCCCCGUCCCCGAGAUGCUUGCUGCUGUCCUUCUUUCCGCAGCGUCUAUCAAGGUCUAACUUACCCCUGUAGAUUGUUACCGUAUGCGGUUCCAGCCCCCAUGGCUAAGAUUGAUUACCUGUUUGUGCCUGUCUGUCCACCUAGCGACGCCUGUCCACCCAGAAUCUUGCGUUCCAUGCUUUGAUGCCCCGCCAGUAGCUAUAGCUCCACUGGGUCAGCCAUCGACACCAUCAACUCUAGUAUAUGCGCCUAUGAUAGCGCCCUGUCCGUGUCCAAUCCCCUCUCCGUGCCCGCCCAUGUGCUGCUGUCCACCACCAAGUGGUAGAAAGGGUUGUUAAGGAUUAGAUGGUGGAAUUGCACGUACUAAAGCUCGCCCCACGUAAUGUACUAAGUUAGUUUUUUGAUAUUUUGAUCAAUAAAGGCGAUUAUUACACCUA